CCCGCACCUAUUGGUAUGGCCCCAGGCCCAAGUCCUGACCCUCCCUUCGUCCCGCUCGGCUAGACGGUGUCGCUAGCCGUCCAUCCACACCCUCCCCGGGCCGCUAGGAGGACCGAGCUCUGCCAACAUGACCCUCCCCCUCAUCUGCCCCAGGCCCCCUCCGACCUUUGGCAAAGAGGGUGGGGAAACCCCCGACUCGCUGGCCCACCUGGUGCACAUCCUCAGCUACAGGGAAGAAAGCUGCCGCUCGGCCUCCCGCUCGGGGCACAGCGCCGCCCUGCUCCCGACCCCUGGGCCCCGCCCCGGUCACCAGCUGCUGCUCUUUGGAGGCUGCGACUCAGCUGAGCCAGACGUGGCCGGGUUCUGGGGUCAUGGGAAGAUUCAGGAGGAAGCGCCUGCCGCCCCCCGUUUGACGGAGCAGCUAGCGAAGCUCGUGAGCAGUGGGCAAGGGUCCCGGCAGGGGCCUCGGGGCCUCCGGCAUCAUUCAUGCUCAGUGGUUGGGCCCUUUGCUGUGCUGUUUGGUGGAGAAACUCUGACCAGAGCUAGAGACACCAUCUGCAAUGACCUCUACGUCUAUGAUACCCGCAGGGCUCCUUCCCUGUGGUUCCACUUCCCCUGUGCAGACCGCACGCUGAAACGCGUGGGCCACCGGACCUGCCUUUGCAAUGACCAGCUGUACCUGGUUGGGGGUUUUGGGGAGGACGGCAGGACGGCCAGUCCCCAAGUGUGCACCCUGGACCUCUUUCUCUAAAGACUGGUGCCAAGACACACUGCCAUGCCGCUGUUUCAUGUAAACUCAGCAUUAUCGCCAGAGCUACCUUCCUCAUGUCAAAUGCUUAUUAAAUUUCCAUCUAACAGUCAA